AUGAAGUUUCUUACGACCAACUUCGUCAAGUGUGCGGUCAAAAGUUGCGAUGCAUCGGACCUCUCGUUCCCUCUGAAGUACGAGGAGUGCGAACUCCAGCUUCAGGAACACGACUUCAAUCCAGAGUUCCUCAUCUCUAUGCUUCCCAGACUGAACUGGGACGCUGUCGUCCAAGUUGCGGCCGAUCUGGGUAACACAUCUCUCCCAUCCACCAAGCCGGAGGGCAUCGAGAACAACGAGCAGCUGCUCAAGGACUUGCAUUCACUACUAUUGGAAACACAAAUAAUAAACGGCAAGAUGACCUGUCGCCACUGCGGACACAUUUACUACAUUAAAGACUCUAUUGCCAACUUCCUGUUGCCUCCACACUUGGCCAACAGCUGA